AGUUAUUUCGUGCUAAAGGUGGGUGUGUGUUGUGAUUCAUACUUCAUCUACAAUUAAUUCCCAAUCGAAGUGUGUAAUUCUUUGGUGUUAAGGUUGCAAAACCUCUUGCAUCACCAUGAGUUACAUGCAGUCGAAUCAAAACAGAUCAAUAUCGCACGGGAAUUACCAGGGUCCCGGGGAUCUUCCAAUGAAUUCUCCAAAAGAGCAAACCCUAAUGUGGCAGCAAAACUCCUAUUUAGGAGUUGAUUCCGGAAUUAAUUCCGGAGCUGCCACACAAGUACCUUCGUUAAGUGGUAAAGAAGAUGAAGAAAUGGAUCUAUUCGAUUUGGAUCAAGGUUAUAAUCAAGGAUUUACACAAGAUCAAGUUGAUGAAAUGAAUAGUCAACUAAAUCAAACUCGUUCACAAAGAGUGCGAGCAGCAAUGUUUCCUGAAACUCUCGACGAAGGUAUUGAGAUACCAUCAACUCAAUUUGAUCAACAACAUCAAACAGCUGUACAGCGUUUAGCUGAACCAAGUCAGAUGUUAAAACACGCCGUAGUUAACUUAAUUAACUACCAAGAUGAUGCUGAUUUAGCAACUCGGGCGAUUCCCGAAUUGAUUAAACUUUUAAAUGAUGAAGAUCAAGUUGUGGUAUCUCAAGCUGCGAUGAUGGUUCAUCAAUUAUCGAAGAAGGAGGCGUCUCGUCAUGCUAUUAUGAAUAGUCCACAAAUGGUGGCGGCUUUAGUACGAGCAAUAUCUAACUCUAAUGAUUUAGAAACUACAAAAGGUGCCGUUGGUACAUUACAUAAAUUGUCUCAUCAUCGACAAGGUUUACUCGCCAUCUUUAAAAGUGGUGGAAUACCGGCUUUGGUUAAAUUAUUGAGCUCCCCUGUUGAAAGCGUUUUAUUUUACGCUAUAACCACAUUGCAUAAUUUGUUGUUGCAUCAAGAUGGUUCGAAAAUGGCGGUUCGUUUAGCCGGGGGUUUACAAAAAAUGGUUGCUUUAUUACAAAGAAAUAAUGUUAAAUUUUUGGCAAUCGUAACCGAUUGUCUUCAAAUUCUUGCUUACGGAAAUCAAGAAAGCAAAUUGAUUAUAUUAGCAUCUCAAGGUCCCAUUGAAUUAGUUCGAAUCAUGCGUUCCUACGAUUAUGAGAAGCUACUUUGGACAACAUCAAGAGUUUUAAAAGUACUUUCGGUUUGUUCAAGCAAUAAACCAGCCAUAGUUGAAGCUGGAGGAAUGCAAGCGCUCGCCAUGCAUUUAGGGAAUUCAUCCCAACGUCUCGUUCAAAACUGUUUGUGGACAUUACGCAAUUUAUCAGAUGCAGCAACAAAAGUUGAUGGACUCGAAGGUCUUCUUCACUCUUUAGUUCAAGUACUCGCUUCCUCCGACGUUAACGUUGUUACUUGCGCCGCCGGUAUUCUUUCAAAUUUAACCUGCAACAAUCAGCGUAAUAAAGCGACGGUUUGCCAAGUUGGAGGCGUAGAUGCUUUGGUUCGGACGAUUGUUAACGCCGGAGAUCGUGAGGAAAUAACAGAACCGGCUGUAUGCGCACUGCGGCAUUUAACUUCGAGACAUGUAGAAUCGGAGAUGGCUCAAAACGCUGUCAGAUUAAAUUAUGGCAUACAGAUUAUUGUGAAACUUUUAAAUCCACCAUCACGUUGGCCCCUUGUUAAAGCCGUUAUUGGGUUAAUAAGAAAUUUGGCUCUCUGUCCGGCUAAUCAUGCCCCGUUAAGGGAAUAUGGAGCAAUUCAUCACCUUGUACAACUAUUAAUGAGAGCUUUCCAAGACACCCAAAGAGUUAGCCGUGCUAGUGUAGCUAGUGGUGGUAAUCAACCUCCUGGAACAUACGCGGAUGGUGUUCGCAUGGAGGAGAUUGUUGAAGGAACUGUUGGGGCAUUACACAUUUUAGCGAGGGAAUCCCAUAAUCGUGCCAUAAUCCGUCAACAAGCGGUCAUACCGAUAUUCGUGCAACUUCUUUUUAAUGACAUUGAAAAUAUUCAAAGAGUAGCCGCCGGAGUUCUUUGUGAAUUAGCAGCGGAUAAAGAAGGAGCGGAAAUUAUUGAACAAGAAGGAGCUACAGCACCGCUAACGGAGCUUUUACAUUCUCGAAAUGAAGGUGUUGCAACGUACGCUGCAGCUGUUUUGUUUAGAAUGAGUGAAGAUAAACCGCAAGAUUAUAAAAAGAGGCUUUCAAUAGAAUUAACAAAUUCGUUAUUCCGAGAGGAGAAUCUUUGGAAUGCUGAAUUGGGAAUGGCCCCAGAUUUGCAGGACAUUUUGAGUCCUGAUCAGCCAUAUGAUUUAUACGGUCAAGGCCCCCCAAGCGUUCCAAGCCCACACGGAGGCCGUCCUUUUCAACAACAAGGUUAUGACCAGAUACCAAUAGAUAUGCAAAGUUUAGAGAUUGGUUCGCACGGUGGAGGUAACGGUUCGACUUACAGUGGUGUUGAUCCGAUGGACGUUGGCUGCGCGGACCCCGACCUAAAUUUCGAUCAUAUUGAGCAACUUCCCACACCACCCCAAGAUAAUAACCAAGCUGCUGCUUGGUACGACACCGACUUAUAAAAAAAAUAACAAAAACCUUUUUCUUAUUUUCUUUUAAUAAUGUGUAUUGUGCAUUUAUUAUUAUUAUAAUUUACGAUAAGUAUGUUAGUGAGGUUAUUUUUUUUAUUAAUUUGGAAUUAUUGUAUCGAGGGUGUCGCGUUUUAGAAAUAUAUCAAACUUUUUGAGAAACGGAAUUAAUUUUAGAAAUUGUCGUUGUAAAUUUAGAAACCGCCCUUAAAUGUAUUAUAACGAUAAUUUUUUCUUUUUUAUACGUGUGUGUACGAGGAUUGAGAUAAACGGUAAAGAAAUAAAUAGUUUUCCCGUGUCCUUUCGGUAGAGUUUUAAACAGUAAUCGACAUCAGUAUUUAUAGGCUAAAAUAUCAUGUUAAUCAUAAUUAUUCAAGACGUAGUCGUAGAAAAUGUUUCUUGUAUUUUUCUUGUAGUAGGGCGCUUAAAGUUUUACAUAACCCAAGUUGUUUCAGAUAAUUUCAAUUUAUUUCUUUCGUUAUAAUUAUUGGUAUUAUUAUUAUCAUUGCUUGUAAUCAACUCUUUCUCUCUCAAUUUUCAUUCAAUUCGAUAACGAACAGGGUAGAACUUUUUAAGGGCACUGCCUUUAUUAUUA